UUGAUAAGAAGUUAAAUCUGGGAAAAAAACUAAAUAUGACUGCAACAGAAGAAACUGAACCUUUGAUAUCAUCGAAAGGUUUAACUAGUUGUCGGAAUAAACCACAAACGAUCUUAUAUGAUGCGAUUUCAUUGGAAGAAAAUGAAAGAAUCGCAGUAUCGAAUUCCAAGAUAUCGUCGUUCAAAUUAAAGCCGAUCUUACAUUCAAGAAUAGGGAUAACAUCGAAGGAUACAUUGGUACAGCAUUCCACAGGAAAUACCGAAAACGAAUCAAUUACAUAUACAUGGAGCGAUUUAAACGUAUACGCUGCUAAAGUAAACGAAAAGCCAUGGGAAAUUUUUUUGAAAAGAAGAAAAUCUAUCGAACGAAGACAUUUAUUGAAAGAUGUAUGCGGAGUUGCAUAUCCAGGUGAAUUGUUGGUAAUUAUGGGAUCAUCAGGAGCUGGUAAAACAACAUUAUUAAACGCUUUAACAUUUCGAUCGGGUUGUGGAGUAAUUGCAUCUGGAGUGAUGGCUGCAAAUGGGCGAAGAGUAUCUUCUACGAUACUGACAUCGAGAACGGCGUAUGUGCAACAAGAUGAUUUAUUCGUUGGCACUUUAACCGUUAAGGAGCAUCUUUUAUUUCAAGCUAUGGUUCGUAUGGAUCGAAAAAUACCUAUGGAGCAAAGAUUCGAUCGAGUGCAUCAAGUAAUUAACGAGCUUGCAUUAACCAAAUGUAAAAAUACGGUAAUUGGUCAACCGGGAAGAAUUAAAGGUCUCUCCGGAGGUGAAAUGAAAAGAUUGUCAUUCGCAUCAGAAGUUCUUACCGAUCCACCGUUGAUGUUUUGUGACGAACCUACAUCAGGCCUCGAUUCUUUUAUGGCGCAUCAAGUAGUUUCAGUAUUGAAGGCUUUAGCCGCACGUGGUAAAACGAUCGUUGCUACAUUGCAUCAACCUUCCUCAGAAUUAUUCGCUCUAUUCGAUAGAAUUUUAUUAAUGGCUGAGGGAAGAGUAGCUUUCAUGGGUACGACAUCGCAAGCUUGCACUUUUUUUGAAACACUUGGCGCUGCUUGUCCUAGUAAUUAUAAUCCGGCGGAUUAUUUUGUUCAAAUGUUGGCGAUUGUACCUGGACAAGAAACGUCUUGUCGUCAUGCGAUAAACACUGUAUGCGACGCCUUUCAAAAAAGUGAACACGGUAUUAAAAUUGCACUAGAAGCGGAGACAAUAAAUAAUGAAUUCGAUGAUUCUAUGCGAGAUUCGAAAUAUUCGAAAAAUCGAUCGUUGUAUAAAGCAAGUUGGUGCGAACAAUUUCGUGCAGUUUUAUGGCGUUCCUGGUUAUCGGUUAUCAAAGAACCUAUCCUCAUUAAAGUUCGUCUGUUACAGACUGUUAUGGUAUCUUUAUUGGUGGGAAUCGUUUAUUUCAAUCAACGAUUAGAUCAAGACGGUGUAAUGAAUAUCAAUGGUGCUUUAUUUAUAUUUCUCACCAAUAUGACUUUCCAGAACGUUUUUGCCGUAAUCAAUGUUUUUUGCGCAGAACUACCGAUAUUUUUACGAGAACAUCGAAACGGCAUGUAUCGUACAGAUGUAUAUUUUCUGUGUAAAACGCUCGCAGAAGCGCCUAUUUUUAUAGCAGUACCGCUUCUCUUCACUAUUAUUGCUUAUCCCAUGAUUGGAUUGUAUCCGGGAAUCGAUCAUUUUUUCAUUACCGCUGGUAUUGUUGCUCUCGUUGCUAAUGUUUCGACAUCUUUUGGCUAUCUAAUAUCCUGCAUUAGCAACAAUUUAUCCAUGGCGUUAUCCAUCGGACCACCAGUGAUAAUACCGUUUUUGCUUUUUGGUGGAUUUUUCUUGAAUACAGCAUCUGUUCCAUUCUAUUUUGAAUGGUUCUCCUAUUUAUCUUGGUUUCGGUAUGGAAACGAAGCGCUUCUUAUCAAUCAAUGGUCGGAAGUGGAAUCUAUAGCAUGUACGAGAAGCAAUGCAACUUGUCCUAAAUCUGGUCGAAUGGUUUUACAAACGUUCAAUUUUAAACAGGAACAUUUUUGGAUGGAUAUCGUAUGCCUUUUUUCUUUAAUUAUCGCAUUUCGUUUUUUGGCAUUUCUGGCUUUACUAUUAAAAACUGCGGGCAAUUACAAACAAACGGACAAGGAUAAAGACAAGUACACCGCUGCUCUGUUGACCACCCUUCUAGUAGGUUCAAAUAUCGUUAUAAAACCGGUUGUUAUUCAUACUAUGCGAGUAUAUAUUUUCUUAAUUACGAUGUACGUUUCAAAAGAAGGUAAAUGGUUUCGUAAAAAACAUAAUUAUCUUACGGAAGAUGAUACGAAAGAUGUGACGCUUACAUGGAAAGAUCUUUCUGUAUAUGCGAUGGAUCGUGGUCGAAAAAAUGUGCGCAAACGAUUGAUCGAUAACGUACGGGGUGCAGCAGAACCGGGAAAUCUAACAGCAAUAAUUGGUGCAAGUGGAUCUGGUAAAAGUUCAUUGAUAGCGGCUCUGGCUUUUCGCACGGGAUCCGAACAUUUAAUCCACGGUGAUAUACGAGCAAAUGGAAUGACGAUAGAUUCCUCUUAUAUGAUGCAGAACAGUGGUUACAUGCAUCAAGAAGAUAUAUUUGUCGCGACGAUGACAGUGAUCGAACAUCUUUGGUUUAUGGCUCGAAUGAAACUUGACAGAAAUUUACGAGUAUUGGAUAUUGAAAGAAAAAUUGACAAUUUAUUAAAAGAUGUUGGCUUAACGAAUAGACGCGAUGUACGAAUUGGUAAUAGCAUUGACGACAAAGUAUUAUCUGGCGGUGAAAAAAAGAGGUUGUCUUUUGCUACGGAAUUAUUGACAGAUCCAAAGAUAUUAUUCUUGGAUGAACCGACAACUGGGCAAGAUUCUCAUUCGGCGAAUUGUGUAAUUUCCCAAUUGAAAUCAUUCGCAGCAAAAGGACGAACAGUAUUAUGCACUAUACAUCAACCAAGUUCUGAUAUAUUCAGUUCCUUUGAUCGAAUAAUAUUGAUUGCCGAAGGUCGAGUUGCAUUUUCAGGUCGAAUCGAUCAAGCGGUAGAAUUUUUUGCAAGUCAGGGGUACGAAUGUCCGCGAAAAUAUAAUCCUGCUGAUUUCCUGAUAGCGAUUGUAGCCACGGGGUCGAAAAAUAAAAAUGGUGAACAAAUAGCUCACAAGAUAUGCGAUAUUUUUUUAAAUAGUAAAGCUUCCAACGAAAUCGAUCGUAUCUUAGAGAAACAGAGUUCAAUAUCUUCUUUAACUAUUAAAACUAGCUCAUAUAGGAAGAAGAAGAGACGACAUUGUUCACGACUCUUCUGGUUGAUUUAUCGUCAUUUCUUACAAGUUUUGAGAGAUCCAUCGGUACAAAUAAUUAGAAUAUUUCAAAAAGUGAGUGUCGCAACGAUCGGUGGUUUGUGUUUUAUGGGUGCUGUAAAUUUUGAUCAACUCGGGAUUCAAGCUACACAAGGUGUUAUUUUUAUAUUGGUAUCUGAAAAUGCAUUUUUUCCAAUGUAUGCUACAUUAGCCUUGAUACCGCAGGAAUUACCUCUCCUUCGAAGAGAAUAUCGAGCUGGAAUUUAUCCAAUUUAUCUAUAUUAUAUUGCACGUAUAUUUUCUUUGAUACCUGGUUUAAUAAUAGAGCCGCUAUUGUUUACGGCGAUUCUAUAUUGGUUAGCUGGAUUGCGAGACAAUAUCGAAACUUUUGGAUUUACUUUACUUGUUCUUCUACUUACCAUAAAUGUAUCGACUGCAUGUGGAUGUUUUUUUUCAACAGCAUUUGAAAGUGUACCAUUGGCAAUGGCUUAUUUGAUACCAUUCGAUUAUAUUCUCAUGAUUACUAUGGGUCCAUUUCUCAAACUAGGAUCGUUACCAGUAUAUAUCCAAUGGAUAAAAUAUAUUUCUUGGUUAUUACAUUCUACCGAAGCGCUUACAAUUUUACAAUGGAACAAUGUGCAUAAUAUAUCUUGUGAAGAAACUGAUCCUGAAUUACCUUGUAUUACCGAUGGAAUUCAAGUUCUACAUCGCUACGAUUUUAAUGAAACUAAUUUUUGGAUCGACAUUAUAUUAAUGGUUACUAUUUAUUUCGUCUUCCAUAUUUUUGCUUAUAUGUUUCUGUGGAAUCGUUGUAGAUGGAAAUGAGAUAAAAAUAUAUCAUCAUUUGUCAAUGAUUUAUUAUGUGUUAUAUAUAACUGUAAUAAUAGAAAGAUGUUUCAAAAUUGAUAGUACAAAAUUUAAUAUAUUACAACAACAAUUAAAAGCAAUUAUAACGAUAUUAUAUUUGAGUUAAUUUUAAUAAAAAAAAAUUAUUAAUAAAAUAUUUAUAAUAUUCUCAUUAUAUUAUUAUAAUUUACUUUAUAUACGUGUAUUUUUAAAUUUCUUGUUAUAAUAAAUAAUUUUAUACAAAUUAUUGUCGUUAAAAAUAAUAAUAUAAUGCUUAUAAAUAAACACAAUACAAAGCAAGGCGAAAUGGUAUAAUAUCUAAUUUGUAUUAAAAUAAUGUAUUUGACCGUUUCGAACGAUGUGUCUAUUUAGGAAUAAUACCGCAUAUAGAUUGUAACACGCUAGAUGGCGUAAAAAACACUUCGAUCUUUUUGAAAUCGAUAUUUCAAAAUAUAAAAUGUCAGAUGUAUUCUGUUUUGUGCUUUUACAUGACGGGCUUUCAAAAAUUUCGUCAUUUUGUUACAAAUAAUUGUAAUCUUGCGCUAUGCUCAAUCGGUAAUGUUAAAAAUAAUAAUAAUACGAAAACAAAAGCUCCUUUGAUACAUAAGACGAAAAAAUGCAUUGAAUGUUAGAUCUAAUAUGCGCGUCGUCUGUGCCUAUACCUCGUCGUCUCUGACCAUAUCAACUAUUCGACGUGUACCUAGAUGUCGCGAAUGUAUACUUUAGCAAAAUAAGACUUGACGAGAAUUGCACGAUAGAGAAGGGUAGAGUAAAAGAGUGCGAGUGCAGUAAUAUAGUAUGGUGGGGAAGUGAGGAUGGCCCGCGGUGGAAAGAAGAGGGAGUACAAAAGAAAGAAAAUGUUAAAUGUUGAGGAAGACAGUUAAGAUUAAUGGCGGGCAUGAAAAUAGUGUUUCGUGAUAUUUUUUUUCACGAAUUCAAAAUUUCAAAAUUAAAUUAUUGCAAAUAGUGUUAAAAUAUCUCAAUAAAAAUAUUCAAUAAAAGUUAUUUUCCCUCAAUUUCUAAUGACGACUAUCUUCAUGGACUUUCGACACUGUCGACAGUGUGCUGGGUUCCCUUAGGUCGCCAUAUUUCUGUGUCGUGCCGUGUAAGUAGUAUCAUAUUGUAUUAAGUACGUUAACACUCUCAUGUGAAGAUUCUUUAAAUAUGUUAAAAGUGUUGUGGUAUAUCAUUCUAUUUGACAAGAGUUAAAAAUGAAAUUAAGAGAUAUGGUUUGUACAAACUUUUUUAAUUAACCUAUAGUAUAUUCAUGAAUCAAAGCGUCGAUUCGAUUGACAUGAGAUGCGUUUGUUGAAAGGUUCUGCUGUUUAUUUUCAUCAUGUUAGAGGGAAAAGAUCGUCACUGGUGUUUCAAAAUGAUAGAAAACCGGAGUGCUGAUGUCCAUUUAUAACUAUGGCUUUGCUAUAUAAAUGUAUUGUUUUUUGUUAAUUUACAAGUCAUGUGCCCGUUUGGUAAUGGAUCAGUGUUUAUCAAAGUUUAAUUAAAAAGACGUUUAUCAGAAGAAUAAUUAUGUCUACAAAAACGGAGUUUGUCGGUUGUCGACAUAUCUUUUAUGGCGAGCAUCCUAAUAAGUAUACACUGCCUGGCGUUUCUUUUUUUGAUUCGUCUGCAUAUAAUUGGUGUGGAAAAA